AAAUCUGUGUAAUCUUGCACUUCGUGUACAGUGCAGAGAGGGGGCGCUCCGGCGCCGCCAGUCUUUGUCCCAGGGAGCAGCGCGCGGCGUGUCGGAUCAAGAUGUCUCCCGGCGUGUUCCAGUUUAACGAGGCGCGGCAGAAGUUCAGCGUAUGUACAAAAGAAGCUGUGAAGAGCAAAAAUGUCAAGCCAUUGACCCUUGUAUUCAGCCAGUUGAGUGGAGGAGAAACAGAGAAGAAAACUACACUGGAUCAAGCAUUCAGAGGAAUUCUUGAAGAAAAAAUUUUAGAACAAGGUGAAUUUGAAGAGUUCUUGUCUAUUAUCUCUCUUAGCAUUAAUGGAGUCACAGAAGGUAUUUGCUCUGCAACAACACCCUUCAUACUGCUUGGUGAUGUACUUGAUUGCCUUCCUCUUGAUCAAUGUGACAGAAUAUUCACUUUCGUAGAAAAGAAUGUUGGAACUUGGAAAUCUGCAACAUUCUACUCUGCUGGCAAAAACUACUUAUUAAGAAUGUGCAAUGAUCUCUUACGAAGACUUUCCAAGUCGCAGAACACUGUUUUCUGUGGAAGAAUCCAGCUAUUCCUGGCUAGAUUGUUUCCUUUAUCAGAAAAGUCAGGGCUCAAUCUGCAAAGCCAAUUUAACCUGGAAAAUAUCACGGUGUUCAACACCAAUGAACAGGACAGCACCCUAGGGCUGAAGAAUUUGCAGCACACAGAAGAUAAAGAAGAUGGAAUGGAAGUUGAGGAGGGAGAGACAGGUGACGAGGAACCCCCUUCAACUUGCUCUGUUCCCAUCGAUUACAACUUGUAUCGGAAGUUUUGGUCACUCCAGGAUUUUUUCAGAAAUCCAUUGCAGUGUUACGAGAAAAUUUUUUGGAAGACGUUUUUGAAGCAUUCGGAUGAAGUGUUAGAUGUUUUCAGAAGCUACAAACUGGAUGAUAUGCAGGCUUCAAAGAAGAAGCAGGAGGAAUUAAAACCCCCAGGAGAUGCACAUGUUUACUUCGCUAAAUUCUUGACCAGUGAGAAGCUGAUGGACCUACAACUAAAUGACAGCAACUUUAGACGACAUAUUCUUUUACAGUAUUUGAUAUUGUUUCAAUACCUGAAGGGCCAAGUCAAAUUUAAAAGCUCCUAUUGCGUAUUAACUGAUGAACAGUCUCUCUGGAUUGAAGAUACCACCAAAGCAGUUUAUCAGUUGCUCAAGGAGACCCCACCUGAUGGAGAUAAGUUUUCUAGAAUGGUAGAGCAUAUAUUACAUAGUGAAGACAACUGGAUUGCAUGGAAAAAUGAAGGCUGUCCAAGUUUUGUUAAAGAAAGACCACCCGAAUCCAAAAUUCCAAAGCCUGCAAGGAAAAGGCCUGCUCCUGAAGAAUUCUUCGGAAGAGGACCAAAUAAGAAGGUCUUAAUGGGAAAUGAAGAGCUGACACGGUUAUGGAAUCUCUGCCCUGAUAACAUGGAGGCAUGCAAAUCUGAGAGCAGAGAAUUUAUGCCCAGUUUAGAGGAGUUUUUUGACGACGCAAUUGAACAAGCUGAUCCAGAGAACAUGGUUGAAGAAGAGUAUAAGGUGGUAAAUAAUUCCAAUUAUGGCUGGAGGGCUUUGAGGCUGCUAGCUCGAAGAAGUCCACACUUUUUCCAGCCAACCAACCAGCAAUUCAAGAGCUUGCCAGAGUACCUAGACAAUAUGGUUAUCAAAUUGGCGAAGGAAUUACCUCCUCCAUCUGAAGAAAUAAAGACAGCAGACGAUGAAGAUGAGGAAGAAGACAAUGAUGAUGCACUGCUAAAAGAAAGCAAUGAAAGUCCUGAUUUGCACACGAGACUUGUAACAGGUGAACAAAUAGAUAUAUUUGCCAGCAAGCUUGGAGAACAGUGGAAAGUAUUGGCACCCCACUUUGAAAUGAAGGAGUCCGACAUCUGUGCAAUCGAGUCAGAUAGCGAGGACAUGAAGAUGCGUGCUAAGCUGCUGCUCGUGGCUUGGCAUGAUCGGGAGGGACUGCAAGCUACAGUAGAGAAUUUUUUGUCUGUGUUGAUUGAUGCUGGUUUAAAUGAACUUGCCGAAACCCUGACAAAUGAGGCUGAUAGCAUCAGCUAGUCAUUGACUGAAGAACCAAACAAGUGUACAAAUCAACCUUGUUUUCUUUUUUACUAUUCCAUUUCAAAUAAUGAGAUAGUGAAUUUUACAAGUUUUUUAAUAUAAACAAGUUUCUGUAAUGUGGAGAUUUGUUGAUUUACUAUCUAUGGUUUUGAGUUAAUGAGCCAAAUUUGACAUGGUGUUUACACUCUCCACUGUAAACUUUUACAAUUGUUAAGGGGUUACUACUUAAUUAAAAUUGCAGCCAUUUUAUGUGUAAUCCACAA